GUUAUUUACAGCACUGUAAAAUCACAAAAAUCUCAAAAUUUAGUAAGAAAGUUGAUAUUUUCACCCUUUCCCGUAAGAAAUAUAUCUAAAAAAGGUAAACUGUGCCUCGCACAAUGUCAACUUUGAUAAACUUUAAUCUUCAAAUCUGAAGGCAAAUGACUGAUUGCUCAAAAUGAACAUUGCGGCGAAGAGACUUCGGCAAACGUUUGAUUCCUUUCUGAAGAAACUGGAGAAGCCAUUCAAAUAUGUUGAUGACCUCGAACCAAUUACAGCAGCCAUUAUGCAGAAAGAACUUGAUGAUGUCAAGUCGAUUUGGAAGGAAGAGAACAGGUUUUACAGACACCAGGACACCGGCCUGAGUUACCUGCAUAUGGCUGUGAUGAAAGGUGACCUUGACAUUGUCAAAUGUCUCAUCGAGGCUGGGAUGGAUGUAAAUGACACAGCGUACACUCUUAGCAACAACAGAUACAGAAAUCUCUCAUGUCUUCACAUAGCAAUCGGUUUCAAACAUAAACAUUUGCUGAACUAUCUCAGGACUUCUGGUUGUGACAUUGACUGUCCUGUUAACUUCAACAAAGCCAGGAAUUUCAGCAUCUUCAACGGAAUGACGCCGUUACACUUUGCAACUUUUCUGAAUGAUCUAUCAACGGUGCAACUUCUCUUAGAAUGGAAAGUUCUGAUCAAUGUUCAGGCUUAUCAGGGUCUGACUGCCCUACACGUAGCUGCCUCUUUGAAUUUUGAGGAAAUUGCCGAAAUCUUGCUGAAGAGAAAUGUUUUGAAGGAUGUUCGUAUGAGUGACGGUGCUACGCCAGUGUUACUCGCUGCACAAAAUGACUCGCACAAAGUCUUGAAUCUCUUGUUACAGCAUGGCCACAAGGCCGAUUUAGCGACUCCUUCCGGUUAUACAGCCGUCCACGCCGCGGCAGAAAAUGGCGCCGUAGAUUCCUUGAUCAUUCUCUGCAAAGCCGGUUGUAAUCUGAAUUGCACUGCACACAAGACUGAUCUUGCUAAAACUGGCAAAACGGCGCUCCGCGAUGCCACACCGCUACAUCUUGCUGUUGUUGCUGGAAAGAGAUACUGCGUUGAGACGUUGUUAAAAUUUGGUGCUGAUCCUAACAUUCCUGCUGCAGGACAUGUGAGUGGCAGAGAAAAGGAUGUGACGAACAUCGCUCCCCUUUUCACUGCUACACUUCUACGCUCGGAAAUCAUUUCCAAGAUGCUUCUGAACUACGGUGCUGACAUAGACACGCAGAACUCUAAGAACAUGACUCCACUCAUGCUGUGCGCGUCGGAAAACAAUCUGAAAGUUGGAAAAAUCCUUCUCGAGCAUGGAGCAGACGUCGAUGUCAACAAUGGUGCUCCGUUAUUUACAGCUGUCCGUAAGAAACAUCUGGACUUUUGUGACCUUCUUUUGCGCCAGCCGGGAAUUCAGGUGGACCUUGUAGGGACCUAUGGUGAUUCUCAGAUGGACCUCACAGACUCCAAGAGCGAUCCACUUCCAUCCAAUGCAAUGGCUUGUAAAAUGACUCCACUACAUGUCGCCGUUGAUUUAGGAAUGAAGGAUCUGGUAAAGAAACUUAUUGACCAUGGUGCCGAUGUUAAUACAAAGUUCUCUGUGAUUGCUGAAGAAGUCCCAUCCAUAUCACUGAUGCACUCUGCAGUGGCUGGGAAAGACGUCGAAGAUGACACGAGUCUGCUUUAUAUCUUAUGGGAGGCUGGUUGUGCCAUUGAUGACAAGAUGUUGGACGGGCGCACGCCACUCUGUUUUACAGUCGAGAGAAAUCGUAUCAACCAGGUCAACUUUUUUCUGAAUCAUGGUGCAGACGUCAACACUCAGGGUGGAUUGAAAAAAAGGACGUGCCUUACCGAAGCCGUUGUGGAAAGUGCUUUUGACAUGGUGGCCCUGCUUAUCAAGAAUGGUGCAAAUCCGAAUAUACAAGAUGUAGACGGCUACACUGCUCUUCACUGUGCCAUGAAGGCGGGGAACAAAGAAAUCAUUCUUCACCUUCUAGACCAUGGUCAUUGCGACGUCAAUCUUCAAACGAAUAGAUCUCCAGAGGAACCAUGGAUGUCGGCUCUGGGCUUUGCAAUUGAGGAGUUGAGUUUGGAUCGUCUUGAUGAAGUCGGAGAGAGGCUUCUAGAACUCGGUGCGGACCCCAUGGCCACUUGUCUGCAGGCUGGUUCGACAAAGGAAAUGACCCCUCUCCAUCUUGCAGCCAAGUAUGGUCUCAACAGCAUCAUAAGGAAACUUCUUCGUUAUGGUGCUGACCUGAAUGUCGUGGCUGGUGAAACUACGCCUCUGGCAAUAGCCUUGAAGAACAACAAACCUGAAUCUGCAGAGUUAUUGAUUAGAAAGGGUGCAAAACUCAUCCCAGAUGUGGAUGGUGUGGAAAUCUUGAAAGGGAAUUCCUUUCAUGUUGCCGUUGAAGCGGGCGUUACAGAUAUUCUCGCUCUGUUGGCUGAUUUUAGUGCGGACAUAUUUUCUGUUCUUCCAAAUGAUGCUGAUGAGAAGCGUACACCACUUGGUAUCGCGUGCGUUCAGAAUGCUGAAAGGGUAACGCGACUGAUCAGAAAAAUUCUGGAGAUCGGCGCUGACGUGAACAUGAGGUGUUUUUGCACCAAAAGAGAUGACGUACCCCCGCUGAUCGCCGCUAUAAGUCAUUCCACUGACAGAGCUGUGAAGGAGUUGAUCAGGAACGGGGCAGACCCUGAUGCUUAUCUUGACCAAUCUGACAAGAAGGGUGAUAUCGCUGCUCUGGAUUUUAUGACUGAGAAAGGGAAUGUUUCCAUGAUACGUCUGCUCCUAAAAGCUGGAGCAGACGUCAGGGGUCUGAUCACGAAAGAGCGUGGCAUGGUCGGAAUCCUUCCGGUAGACACGGAUGUAUCGCCGUUACGCGAUGUUGUCCAGUUGUUGUGUAACUUCGGUAUCGAUAUCCGUGAGACGCACGAGAUGGGUUUCAAUGUGUUGCAUCACAUGACCGGGGAUGAUAUCCUCGAGUCCGAUAUUGAACAUUUGAUGAAAAUUGGAGCAGACACAGCCCAAGUUGGUUCGUUUGGUGAUUAUUUGAACGUGACGCCGUUACAUGCUCUUAUUGGCGACGACCUCGAUGAUUUCUUCGCCACGGAAAUGCUACGCGGCGCGCCAGACAUCAACUUACUGUGCACCGUUAACGGUGAGGAGAUGACUGCUCUUAUGUUGAGCUGUCUCCAUGAUGACGAUGAUCUUGCACGGAAGUUGUUGCGACACGGCGCUGAUGCGAACAUACAGAUACCAAAAACAGGUGAGACAGCCCUCCACCUGAGUAUCGAUGAAGACAAAGGAGCAACGUUUCUAGUUUUACUUGAGGCCGGCUGUGACAUCAACGUACCCACAAAGUUGGGCAUCACACCGUUGAUCCUUGCAACGCAAUGCGGAGACAUCGAGAUGACCCGGAUGCUGAUUGGUGCAGACUGCGGCGUCCUUGAAACGUGUCAGACACGUGAACCACGCGAGGGUGAUGAUGGCAAAGGGUUUUGUACCGGAGCAACAGCACUACAUCAGGCCUCUGAGUUGGGAGAACUGAAGAUUACCAAGAUGUUGCUGGAGGCAGGUGCUCAAACUGAGGCACGAGAGAUCCACAAGGACUCCCCUGGGUUCACCCCUCUUCACUGUGCCGUUAUCAAGGGGGAUCAAGGCAGCGUCUACCAAGAAAUCGUCAAGGUCUUGGUUGAGGCAAAGUGCGAUAUCAACGCCCAGACAGACGAUGGCCUGACGGCACUGCAUCUCAGCGUGCAGCAGGACAACGUAGAGAUGGCCAGGUUACUGAAUGCUCUUGGAGCAAACCCCAUGAUAAAAACAAAGUCUGGACAACUUGCGUCGGCAUUGGCGCUACGGAUGCAGUUCACCGAGGAACUCAUCAAUAACCAAACAGUGUGGAACUACCAUCACAACCGGCCAUCCCUCCUCCGCGGCCGUCUAAGCCUUCAUCAGCGCCUGAGCAUGCAGAAUCUCGGUCUGUGGGGGAGGAGUGAGACAGCAGACGUCAAUGAGGUCCCUGAUGGGAAGGUGGAGGAGGCUCAUGAAGGACGUUCAGAAAAAGACGGCAAUGUUGAGGAUCCUGAUAAUUUAGAAUAUGUAACUGAAGAGGAAUAAACCAAUAUUUUUGCUGGCAUUUUAUUUUUUCGUGGAUUUAGUGAAUUACCUAGAUUCGCAAAAUAAACAUUGUGAAAAAAUACCACAGAAAUAUAGGGGCGCCAAUUUUUCCUGGUUUACAGUAAAGCUUCGUUUGAAGGCUAAACUGAAAACGUUUAUACCUAUAAUAUAUUUUUGCAAUUUGCAAAAACGGGCUCACACCAAAGCACAUCAAAUUAGUUAGUCAUAGAGUUAUACGGUUAGAAAAUCCCCUUUGAUUAGGGGUUGCAAAUAUUGUUGUUGAUAAGAGGUUCCAGGGUAAUAUGUAUGUGUAGGCCUACCUACUUGAAUAGCUCUUGUAGAUAAAUUUUGCAUCUGCUUAACCCUUUUGCUGCAGGUGACGGGCAUAGCAGGUCAUGCCAUCUAAAAUAUUUAUUCACCAGCACUCUCUCUUAACACGCUAAACACACUCAGGGAUAGUUAGUUUCAUCCUAAUAGUAUACAGUGGCGAUGGAGUAUUUUAGAUACAAGAAGGGUAUUUGUAUUUGUCCGUUAACAUUAUCUGUUGUCAAUGGAUUUACCUUUAUAUUCCAUAGGCAAACUGUAUUUUGUGGAACAACGGAAUGAAACCAAACGGAAGAGAAUGUCCAAUGCCAUAUUUCCUUUCAAAUUUCAAAGAUGCAAUUAUUUGUUUUGAUAUAUGUGUUAUUUAUUUUCAAUA